AGAGCUGUAGGAGAACAACGUUAGCUAUAUGGCGAUGGAGUAGCUCUGUUUUAGGGUCAUUUUUAGCCACUUAACUUGUGUAAUUAGCUUUGUUACAGCACGUAAAGACAGACAUGUUCCGCUGCAUGACAAGGAGUGUGUGUAGUGGAGGAAGAGUGUGUCCUACCUUUGUGCCUCCUCGCACCCAGACACCAUCAUGGACGUCGAGAAACCUAACAGAGGAGAGACAUCACAGGUUGGCCGAGCAGCAUUGUUCAGUCCGCUGUAUGAGCUCUGCAUCCAGGAAGAGGCGAGCUCUGCACAGUGCCUUUCCAGUGUUGGAGCAGGCCCUCCAGCCAGUCCACCGACAUGUGUAUGAAGCUAACCUUCGCAACAGCAACGCCUGCCAUAAGAAGUACAUAGAGUUGAGUGAAAAGGUGAGAAAAGGUGGAGGGGAAAACGCCAUCGCCAGACACACUCAGAGAAACAAGAAGUUGCUGGUCAGGGACCGGCUGCGCCUCCUGUUGGAUGAUGAAGACUUCCUGGAGCUGUCACCAUUCGCUGGUCUGGGUCUGCCGUACGGGGACAUCCCUUCAGCUGCCUGCCUGACCGGCAUUGGCAGGAUCAAUGGCCUGUGGUGUAUGUUUAUUGCCAACGAUGCCACAGUGAAAGGUGGCACAGCAUAUCCAAUCACAGUGAAGAAGCAGCUACGGGCACAGGAAGUGGCAAUUCAGAAUCGCCUGCCUUGUGUUUAUCUGGUUGACUCUGGAGGAGCUUUUUUACCUCUGCAGUCAGAGAUCUUUCCUGAUAAGAACCAGGGAGGACGGACAUUCUAUAACGAAGCCAUCAUGUCUGCCAUGAAGAUCCCACAGGUGUCGGUGGUGUGCGGGUCGUGCACGGCAGGUGGAGCUUACAUCCCCACCAUGGCAGAAGAGGCAGUGAUGGUGCACAAAAUAGGGACUAUAUUCCUGGGUGGGCCACCACUUGUCAAAGCGGCCACGGGAGAGGAGGUCACACCAGAAGACCUGGGAGGAGCCAGGCUUCACGCUGAGGUGAGUGGCUGCGUGGAUCAUUUUGCUUGGGAAGAAAAGGAGGCAUACAAUUACACCAGAAACAUCAUAUCCACCCUCAACUUCCAACUGCCUGAGGAAGAGGAGGAGGAGGAGGAGAAGAUGAGGAAGAGGAAAGCAGAGGAGGAGCCACUGUACAGUUCAGAGGAACUUCGGGGGCUUGCUCCCAAAAGUUACAGCCACAGCCUGGAUGUUAAGAUGGUAGUCAGUCGGCUGAUGGACGGGAGCCGCUUCCAGGAGUUUAAAGCUCGCUAUGGAACCACGCUGGUCACUGGCUUUGCAAAGAUACAUGGGCACCUGGUGGGAAUAGUAGCCAACAACGGAGAGCUGUCGUAUCAGGCCGCGCUGAAAGGAAGCCACUUUGUCCAGCUGUGUGACCAGAGACACAUCCCCCUCCUAUUCCUCCAGAACACAGCACCCACAGCAGCUGUGACACUCUCCACAACACAGGCAGAAGUGAACAGUAACCGCCUGAAGGCUCAGGGAUCAAUGAUGUCAGCAGUAGCGUGUGCCUCAGUCCCCAAAAUCACUGUGGUGAUUGGUGGUUGCCACGGUGCUGACAGCUACACCAUGUGUGGGCGGGCAUUUGACCCUAAUUUCCUCUUCCUGUGGCCCAACGCCAGAGUGUCCACAACAGCUCCAGGUCACGCCGGCUCUCUGCUUCCCCAUGACAGUGAGCAGGAGGAGGACGAGAGGAAGACACAGGAGGACAAGUUAAAUAAGAAGUUGGAAGAGGAGAGUUCAGCUUUCUUCUCCUCUGGUCGUCUCUGGGACGAUGGAGUCAUUCUGCCUCAGGACACCAGGAAGGUUCUCAGGGACUGCCUGGACAUCAUCAAACAGCAGCAGUAUGAGCUCUCCACAGAGAAACAACACUCAGCACUUCUGCGUAUAUAAAGGCUGCAAUCUUUCCUCGUUUCCUCUGGACACUACAAACAUCCGUCCAUUAAGCUGCUGUUUUUAAUUCAGUCCGGUUUUGGUCACUUUCACCAAAAUGUGCCAAGAGGAUUCAGUAUUCUAUUGCCAAUCCUCUAAUCUCAUAUUUGGUGAUGUGUGAAGUGAAGAUUGGUGAAGUGAUGGGUGGAUCAAAUCUCCUUAGAGGUUCUCAAAUAUUCAUUUUCAUUUUUUCUUCAAGUUUGGAACCACAGUCUUGGUUUGGGAGGAGUUGGUAAGAAAUGUGGCAGUUAUUGCGGCAUUUCUAUAUAUACAUGUGAGAAUUUAAUAUUCAGUUUUUGCACUUCCAUUCUCAUACAACCACAGUACUUUUAGUGCCUUUUUUUUACCUUAAGGAACUCAUAAGUACGUUUGUUCACAGUGACCUGUUUUUUUACUGGAUUGUAAAGAUGCAGAUUCACAAUAUUUGAUGACUGU